AUCCACUGCACGAGAAGCCGAUCCGGAAGUGAUAGAUCGGUUUCUCAUUUCGCCCAUGGAAAAUAGCAGCGCCCUAUCGUCAAUGUAUAAACUAUCAGUGCCCCACAGUCGUCGGUAAAGCUACAAACACGUAGCCUAUAUGCUUCUGUUCACGGAAGCGAAGGAGUAAACAUACGAAUUAAAAUGUUAAAGAGUUCUGGAAUGGCGAAACGCACAAGCCCGAGGAAAAUUCUAAUAAUUGAAGAUGAUGAACAUCAAGAAGAUCAAGAUGAGCUAAAUCCUUUUUCCUUCAAGGAGUUUAUCCGAAGCAAGAACCUGUCUUCCAUCUGUGGUGGAGAUGCAGAACAGAAGAGCCACCUGCCACUGGAGAAAACUGGAAGUGAAAGUAUACUGGUGGAUGAGGGAGCCUGUUCCUCUCUGAAGCAUUGUGCCCCUCACCUGCUAGAUCCAUUCCUGGUUGACUCUGCAUCAUUCCUACAGUCUACUGACGGUGAGAGGAAGGAAUGGAGAGAGAGUUAUGAGUCAUCAGCCAUAUUGGAAGAACAUGGCUUUGAACUCUGUGUGACAGCGGAUAAUGAAUGUACUGACCCACUAUGCGUAUCCGCUGAGAAAAUGAGACACCCAACAGUUUUGUCACAGCUAGACAGAGCAUACUUACAAGAGGCCUUUGAACCCAAGAGGAGCCCUCCUACCCAUGACAGAGACCAGGAGACACCAAUGGAUGGAAGCAGGGACCAACAAAAGCUCAGAGAGGAGAAUGCACAGCUUAGGAACCAUGUUAAGAAGCUUUUGAAGAAGUCUGAGUCUGAUAAUCAAUGGAUCAGAGACCUGAAAGAGCAGCUGCAUAAGCAAAAGUUGAAAGAGGAGAGGGAGGCGCAGGCACUGGAGACCAUGGUGCAAUCGGUGGAGCAGAACCUGCAGAAGAUGACCAAACGAGCAAUUAAAGCUGAAACCAAUGCCUCAAACCUUAAACAAGAACUUCUUCAGCUGCAGGACCAAUUGGAAGUGUACCGCAGUGAUAAUGAGAGACUUCGAGCUGCAGAAACAACUGCUUUGAACGCCAUGAAACAAAAUGCACAGAUUGCAUCAGAAUAUCUCAGCAAAGCUGCCAACAAUGCACAGACUUCCAUCAGGCAAUUGCUGUCAGAUGCAGAGACAAUCAGUCUGGUUUCGAAGAUGCUGUAUUCCAUUGACAAGAUCUCUGAUGCACGCUGAGGAUUGAUGAUCUCAAUCAACGAAAUUGCUUUUAAAUGAUUGUAAAACAAAUAUAUUGAAUGGAAGCCUGUUACCCAUCAGAAACUGAUAAAAAGAACUCUGAAAAAUAAA